AUGCGACCAUCGGUUCUAUUGUUCUACCGUUCUUUUCUAUAGAAUGUUGAUAUAGAAAAGUUCUUAAAGUAAUUUUUUUCGUUUCAGAUAUUCAUGACUUUAUUUUGAACAGUUUUAGUGUACAGUUUUUAAAUGUUGCAGAAAAUGUUUGCCGAAAAAAUGACCAAAGUGUUUAAUUGUAAAAGAUGGAUUGUAUUUAACAGAUUAGAGUUUUCAAUGAUAAAACCUGUUUACAAUGUGAAUAGAAGUAUCACAAGCAAUCGUCAAUUUACCAAAAAAUUAUUGUGUUUAAACAAUUCGCAUUGUAACAGUUCUACUAGGAAAUGUUAUGCAGUGCUUAAUCGGUUAACAGAGAAUUCACAUGCCCACCAAGUUAUGUCUAAUUUAACAGCUUAUUCGAACUGUAUUUCACCAAAAUUAACAGUCACGGAAGAUGUAAAAAUUGAUAGUGUAGAUAAUUUAUUAGAUAAACAAUGGAUAAGUAUGCAUAACACUGAAAUUCUUCAGAACUUCAAGCUUUUGUCUUACUAUGCUCAUCAAAAUUGUGAAGACAUUAACCAUCCAAAAUAUCAAGGAGUUUUUGAUAUAUUAGCUGAAAAAUGUUCAAAAUUUAAUAAAGAAGAAAUGGUUCAAUUUUUGAGUCUCUUACAGUUCUGGAAUACUAAUGGUCUGCAUCAAAAUAAUUUAUUCAAACCUUUAGAUAAAGCAUGUGUAGAUAACUUGCCAAAUUUGACAAUUGAACAAGUAUUUUUGAUAUGUGAUUACAUUUAUAAAUUAAAUAUAGUAACAUUCUCAAGUUUUAUUUAUCAUGCUAUGAGAAAAUUAAAUCCAAAAGAUAUGACUCCAGCAAAUUUAGUACAGUAUGCAUUUUUAAUGAAAGUAAAAGGUCCAGUUUCUAUGAUUAAUAUGCAAAAAUUUGAAUUCUGCAUUGAGAAAAACAUAGAUAAUUUUAGUGUGGAAGAAUUAGGUAUUAUUUGCAUGUCCUUUUUCAAAUAUCAAACUGCCAUUAAGAGCACCACAUUAUUUUCAAAAAUUCUAAAAAAGCUAAUAGCUGACAUUGAAAAUGUUAGUGAUAUUACUUUAUCGUCCAUUUUAAAAAUUUUAAGGUACAGUGCUAAUUUGAGUGAUAUGCGAGGAAUAGAUACUUUAAUAAAAGUAUUAGAAGAUCAAAUUGAAAAUAAAAGCUUACUGACUUUAACACAUGUAGCUCUUGUUCAAGCAACACUUUUAAUAGAUAACAGUAAUUUGUUACAAAAAAUACAAGAAAAGUUCGAAAAUGAAGUUGAAAAUGCAAGAUUGAAAGAUAUUGAAAGGUUUAUAUUUUCUCUGUAUAUAUUUAAUUGUGAUCCAGAAAAAACUUCUUUUUAUAAAAUUGCUACAGAAGAAUUAUUAAGUUCUCGUCGAAGAGGUGAAAUCUCCAAGUUUAUAAAACCUUAUGUGUAUACUAUAAUGUAUAUGCUCAAAGUGAACUAUUUCCCAGAAGACAUAGUGAACAAAAUCAUGGCUCCAGAUUUCAUAAAUAAAUUCUGUGACAACAAAUUUAGUACAAUGGAUCGUGAAUAUCUAGAUAUGAGUUAUUGUUUGCAAAUUGAUCAUCCAAGAUACCAAGGUCCUCAAUUAAGGAAAGAUCAACUGAAUUAUCUUCUAAAGAGAUUCGGUGUAUUACAAAAGCAGAAGUUACAAAGUAAAAAGAAUUACAAAGUGGAUGCUGGCGGUAAACUAAUAAUUGACCUCACACAUCACAUUAAGUUUACUUUAGGCUCAGAAUUAGCUAUUCAUAUAGACUACCCAUUACCUUACAACAACAAGCAAUAUAUUUUCAUGUGCUAUGACCCAGUUUCCCAAUGUUAUGUACCUCCAGCAGAACCGCUCUCGCAAAUUCCACUGGGAGAAAUCAAAUACGCGCCGAAAGAUGGAAAGCAAUGGAUUGUUGUCGUACCAGGAUCACAUAAUAUCUUGACCAGGAAUCAUCAUCUACCUACUGGCAUGUUGGCUAUGCAACUGCGACAUUUGGAACGAAUGGGAUACAGAACUAUCUUAGUUACGUAUGUUAUAUGGGAUCAAUUGAUGACGAAAAUUCAGAAGGUCGACUAUAUUAGGCAUAUUCUUGGCAAUAUUUAAUUUAGAAAAGAAAAUGAGAUUUGUAUAUAAUACAUUUUAUUGGAUAAAUAAUAAAUGACAUUUGGUUAUUUAUCUGUAAUCAAAUUACUUCUCACAAUUAAAAAAAACUCCUAUGCUUAAAUUUUAAGUUUACAUUAUAAAGGAGAAGUGUAAAUAAAAAAUUUAUUUACACAGUUGGAUUAUAGUUUGUUUUAUUACUUUCAAUUUUAUAUAACGACAGAAAUAUCGUAUCUUGAAUA